AUGUCGCCGCCACGAGUCGCCGUGCCGCUGGCGCUGCUGCUGACGCUGGCCGCUCUGACGGCGGCCCAGCAGCGGUUCCCCGGCUCCUGCCCUCGCCCUCCGAUCGUGCAGAAGUUCCAGGUGCGCCGCUACCUGGGCCAUUGGUUCGAGUACGCCCGCUACUUCACCGUGUUCCAGCGCGGCCUGCGCUGCAGUCGCGCUGAAUACUCGGACGCCGGCGAGGGGCGGAUCGGAGUCGUCAACCGCGCCAUACGGAUCGCCGACGGCUCGACGACAGAGGCCCGGGGGCAGGCCGUACCGGUCGGACGUCCCGGCGAGGCCAGCCUGCGCGUCAGCUUCGACGGACAGCCGUCCAGAGGCACUGAGGCCAACUACAACGUCCUCGAGACCGACUACAAACGGUACGCUAUUGUGUGGUCGUGCACCGACCGCGGGGUCGGCGAGCAGAAAAAUCUGGAGAACGAGCAGCUUCUGUUUGUGCUGACACGAGCCAGAGUGCCGUCACAGAGGCUUUUGAGGCGUAUCAUGAGGCGCCUGCAGCGACUCGGGCUGAACACGGAAAAACUCAUCAAGACCGAUCAGGAAAACUGUUCAAAGUUGGAUAAAAUCAUAGCUGGAAAGUCCCGGAAGGCAGCGAUUCUGAAACUAUGUUCCUUGAAACAUCACUAA